AUGCGUUAUAUGGAAGAUAAUUCAUCAGUUAUUGUUGGUGGUCGUGGUAAUCAAGCUUAUGUAUUAGCCAUAGCUCCAAUGUACGAUGAAUGGGUUCGAAAUAAUUAUGAGCUUCAAGUUUGGCAAACUUAUUUGAAAAUGGGCACACAAGAUAAACAUUGGGCAAAAGAAGUCAUUACACGUACAAAAAAACCUCAAGCGAGUGCUACAAUCACCAAUCUACAAGUUCAAUUAAGUACUUAUUGGACUCAAACUACAGCUGGUGCAAUAAAUCCAAUAACUGCAACAACUUCAUCAGCAUCAGCAAAUACUGGUCGAAUUCGUGAUGCAGUUGAUCGACUGGAAAAAGCAAUUUUAAAAUAUAUUCAACGUUUACAAAUAGAAGAAUAUAAAGUAUUAGAAGAUUUCAAAGAAAUAGCUACUCCAAAUCAAUGGAAUAUUGAUUUGAUGUUAAAACGAAAAAUGAAACAAUGGAGUACAAAAAAUAAAAAUUAUCUUACAGCUAUCAAACGCAUAGAAUAUGAUUUACCUCCAAAAUUUAUUUCAAAUGCUAAUUUUACAUUUAAAAUUGAUGAAUCAAUAAUAAGUAAAGAAGAAGCUCAAAUACUAUAUGAUCAAAUGCGUCAAUUAACUAAAGAAUAUCGUUUUCAAGCAAUGUCUUUAUAUUUACAAGCAAUAGCUCGUGAAAAACAGAUAUUAAAAAAUGGAAUUGAAUUUGUUGUGAAAGGUUUUUCACAAGAAAAUGAUGAAGUUUUUGAUAUUGAACCUGAUGCUGGUUAUAUAGCAUUUAAACAUUAUAAUGAUUUACGUGAAAAACGUUUUAAUUUAGAAGCUGAACAAUCGAUAUAUUUCUUAGAAGAACAGCGAGUCGAGGGCGAACUCAACGAGCAAGAAGAAAUUGUUGUCCCGACUCUUACACGAUCUGAGCCCGGUCGAUCAGUCGAAAAAUUUAUAGCCGAAUCGGAUGUUAUAUUGAAAAAUUUACAUGAUACACCCAUUAGUAAAAUAAAUCGAAAAUAUAAACAACAACGUGAAAGAAUUCCAUAUGAUAAUUUAUUAGAAACAAUUCAAUUGAAUCAAUAUCAAAUUACUAAAUGUCCAAUUACUACUAAAAAAAGAAAAAUUAUGGUAGAUUGGUCAAGCGGUAAAUUACAAGAUUAUCACAAAAAAUCUGAUGAAUAUAUGGAAAAAACUGAAGCAUAUAAAUGUUUACACCAGAAUGAUCCAUUACCAAGUUUAAUUGACCGGACCAAUAAAUAUUUAUUAAAUUUAAGAUUAACUAAUUGGAUUACACAAAAACAAUAUGAAAAAUUAGGCAUUAAAUCAAAUGAAGUGGAAUUAGCUCAUCUUUAUUAUCUACAAAAAGCUCAUAAACUUGGCACUCCACUUCGUCCAAUUAUUUCGGGUCUCAAACAUCCAACUAUAAGAAUAUCAAAAUUUCUUGACGAAUUACUUCGACCAUUAUUUGAUAAAAUAGCAUCAAACACAACUGUUACUUCUGGAACUAAAGUUAUUAAACAAUUGCAUGAAUGAUUAUGUCGAUUCGUAAUACAAAAUAAUUAUUUUUCUUACAAUGGUAAAUAUUUUCAUCAAGUACGUGGUGGUGCUAUGGGUUCUCCAUUAACAUUAACAAUUGCUAAUUGUUAUAUGUACUUUUAUGAACGAGAUAUUGUUAAACAAGUGAACAAUAGCAAUGGACUCUACUUACGAUAUAUUGAUGAUAUUUUCAUAAUUACUAAUUGGCCGAUUCAACAUCUUUCUAAACAAAUUAAUCGAUGGAAUGAAUUAGACUUGAAUAUAAAAUUAAAAGCUCAGGUUGGUCAUUCAACAAAUUUUCUUGACUUAUACAUAGAAAAUAAAAAUGGUGAAUUAUUUACAAAGGUUUAUCACAAACCAUCGUAUGAACCAUAUUAUUUACCAUUUAAUAGUGCCCAUCCAAUACAUAUGAAAAUGAAUAUUCCAUAUGCUAUGUUAAUUCGUGCGAUUAAAUAUUGUUCAACAUUUGAAACAUAUUUAAAUGAACGUGAAAAAUUAAGAAUGACUUUAUUAUUAAAUAAAUAUCCUGGUGAAUUUAUAGAGAAGCAAUUUCGUCGGGUAUUUCAAAGACAUAAUUUAAUAGAACCAUUAUCGACAAGCAAUUAUAAAACAUCACGAGAGAAAUUAAUUUAUUUAGAUAAAAAAGAAAAAAUUCCAAUUGAUUAUGGCAAAACAAUGUUCAUUCAUUUUACAUACUGUUUAAAUAUGAAAACAUUUCCGGCUAAAUUUCAUGCACUUUGGGACAAAUACUUUAUAGAGUCUCCAAUGAAUGAAAUAAAACCGGUCUUAGGUACUCGUAAUGUCAAGAAUUUACAGCAACAACUAAUACGUAAUAAAUAA